UAAUUAAGGGCUAAAAUGUUGAUGGGUCCCUCAUAUUUAUGUCAAUGCAGGUGUUGAUUGCAAAACAUUUUAGUGUCUACUUUUUUGUGGGUUAGUCUUUGAGGUUUUUUUUUUUCUUCUUAUGAUGAUUUUUACUUCUUUUUAGUUGAGUUUUUCUGGGUAUUUAGCAUCAAAUGUGGGAGUUAAGUUGUAAAUUGAGCUGAAGUUGAAUAACAGGUUGAACAUUUGUUGAUCUUUUGGUGUUUGGUUGGUGACAGUGAUUGAUUCCUCAAAAGAGAUUCUGUUCUGGUGAAAAUUAGCUUAAGGGGGUUUCUUCUAGUUGAGUUGGGCAGUUCUUGUUGUGUGGUGAAGAUAUAGGUUUGAAGUAAUGGUGAGACUUUUUAGGUUUGUUUUGCUUUCACUAUAUUUGGCCUCUACAUUGGGGCAGCUUCCGUCACCGGAUAUUAUGGCAUUGCUUCAAUUUAAGAAGGGUAUUAAGCAUGACCCUACUGGUUAUGUGUUGAAUUCAUGGAAUGAGGAGUCCAUUGAUUUCAAUGGUUGCCCUUCUUCUUGGAAUGGCAUAGUUUGUAAUGCGGGACAUGUUGCCGGGGUUGUUCUUGAUAACUUGGAGCUCUCUGCCGAGGCAGACUUGAGUGUUUUUUCUAACCUUACCAUGUUGGUAAAACUUUCAAUGGCAAACAAUUCCAUAAGUGGCAAAAUUCCUGGUAACAUAGGCUCCUUUGAUAAGCUUCAGUAUUUGGAUAUCUCAAACAACUUGUUUGCUGACUCUUUGCCAUCAGGAAUUGGUAACUUGGCUAGCCUUCAGAACCUUUCAUUUGCCGGAAACAAUUUCUCUGGACCAAUUCCUGAUUCUAUAUCCGGACUUACUUCACUCCAGUCAUUGGACUUGAGCCGCAACUCCUUUUCCGGCCCUCUGCCUUACUCAUUGACAAAGCUGGGUAGUUUAGUUUAUCUAAAUUUAUCUAACAAUGAGUUUCAGAAGAAGAUUCCAAAAGGAUUUGAAUUGCUUUCAAGUCUCGAGGUGCUUGACUUGCAUGGAAACAUGCUUGAUGGAAAUCUUGAUGCGGAGUUCCUGUUAUUUUCAAGUGCUAUUCAUGUUGAUUUAAGUGACAACCAACUUGAGAAUUCUGGUUCACAGAAGGAGAAAUUUCUGGCUGGCGUGUCUGAGACGGUUAAGUAUCUGAAUCUCAGCCAUAACAGGCUUACUGGAUCAUUAAUUGGUCAAACUCAGCUCUUUGAGAAUAUCAAGGUCUUGGAUUUGAGUUAUAAUAUGUUGUCUGGUGAUUUACCUGAAUUCAACUUUGUUUAUGAUCUGGAGGUCCUCAGGUUGAGCAACAACAGAUUUUCAGGGUUUGUUCCUAAUGAUCUGCUGAAAGGAGGCCCUCUACUUCUUACUGAUUUGGAUUUGAGUGGCAAUAAUCUCACAGGUCCAAUUAGCAUCAUCAUGUCUACAACGCUAAGGACGCUUAAUCUGUCUUCAAAUGGUCUUUCUGGUGAACUGCCAGUGCUGACUGGAGAUUGUGCUAUCCUUGAUUUAUCCAACAACCAAUUUAAAGGGAAUUUGACAAGAAUGGCAAAAUGGGGAAAUGUCGAGUUCCUUGACCUCAGCCAAAAUCGUUUGACAGGUCCUAUUCCUGAAACAACAUCUCAGUUUUUGCAUCUAAACUAUCUCAACCUUUCCCAUAACUCCAUCCGUAGCAGCCUUCCUAAAGACGUGACACAAUUUCCAAAGCUUAGUGUAUUGGAUCUCAGUUUCAAUCAAUUAGACGGAUCUCUACAGAGUGGUUUAUUGACUAUGCCAACCUUGCAAGAAUUACAUCUUGCUGGAAAUUCUUUUAAUGGGAGUAUUGAGUUCUCUCCUCCCCCUGGCCAGUCCAAUCUUCGAGUCCUCGAUCUUUCCGAUAACCAUUUAGGUGGCUACUUUCCUGAUAGAUUUGGGUCGCUGACUGGUCUCGAGGUGCUCAAUCUUGCUGGAAAUAAUAUUUCAGGUUCCUUGCCAACUUCCAUGAAUGACAUGAGUUCAUUGACAUCUUUGGAUAUAUCUGAGAAUCACUUUACUGGUUCUUUGCCAACUAACCUGUCUAGUAACCUUCAAAGCUUUAAUGCAUCAUACAAUGACCUUUCUGGAGUUGUUCCAGAGAAUUUGAGAGUGUUUCCUCGCUCAUCUUUCUUUCCUGGAAAUUCCAAGCUGCAACUUCCAAAUGCACCUCCUGGACCUGAGGAUUCUGCUGGUGGAAACUCCAAGAGGAAAUCAAUGAAGACCCUGAUUAAAGUGAUCAUUAUUGUUGCAUGUGUGGUUGUUUUUUUCAUUUUAAUUUUGCUUGCCAUCUUCAUACAUUAUAUUCGUAUCUCAAGGAGACCUCUAUCUGAUGAUGUUACUAAGAAAGAUGUUCAGAGGAAGGUGCCACCAAAUCCCUCUGGUACUGGUGGAAGGGAAAAUCCCCAUAAUUUGGUUGUUUCAGCUGAAGAUAUUAUUACCACCACCAGGAAAGGAUCCUCAUCUGAGAUAAUGAGUCCUGAUGAGAAAACAGCUGCUGUAACUGGGUUCUCUCCAUCCAAAACUAGCCAGCUAUCAUGGUCGCCAGGAUCUGGAGAUUCUCUUCCAGCAGAGAACCUAGCCAAACUUGAUGUCAGAUCCCCUGAUCGCUUGGCAGGCGAGUUGUUUUUUCUUGAUGAUACAGUAUCAUUGACACCCGAGGAGCUGUCAAGAGCUCCCGCAGAGGUUUUAGGUCGUAGCAGCCAUGGAACUUCUUACAGGGCUACGUUGGAAAAUGGUAUGUUCUUAACUGUGAAGUGGCUAAGAGAAGGUGUGGCAAGACCAAAAAAGGAUUUUUCCAAGGAAGCUAGGAAGUUCGCAAAUAUCAGGCAUCCUAAUGUUGUUGCACUGCGAGGAUACUAUUGGGGACCUACCCAGCAUGAGAAGCUCAUUCUUUCAGACUAUAUUUCACCUGGAAGUCUUGCAAGCUUUCUUUAUGAUCGGCCAGGGAGAAAAGGUCCACCAUUGACUUGGCCACAGAGACUGAAGAUUGCAGUGGAUGUUGCACGAGGUUUGAACUAUCUUCAUUUUGAUCGAGCUCUUCCUCAUGGUAAUCUUAAAGCAAACAACAUACUACUGGAUGGUCCUGAGCUUAAUGCACGAGUAGCAGAUUACUGUCUUCACCGACUCAUGACUCAAGCUGGAACCAUUGAGCAAAUCCUCGAUGCUGGUGUUCUAGGAUACCGUGCUCCAGAACUGGCUGCUUCUAAGAAACCACUACCGUCUUUCAAGUCAGAUGUUUAUGCCUUCGGAGUUAUACUGCUGGAAUUGUUGACUGGCAGAUGUGCUGGUGAAGUGGUUUCUGGUGAAGAAGGGGGAGGUGUUGAUUUGACAGACUGGGUUCGGUUGCGAGUUGCUGAAGGACGGGGUUCUGAUUGCUUUGACUCUGUCCUGAAUGCAGAAAUGGGAAAUCCUACUAUAGCUAAGGGUUCAAAGGAGGUCCUUGCAAUAGCUUUACGAUGUAUACGCUCAGUUUCUGAGAGACCAGGUAUCAAGACUAUAUAUGAGGAUCUUUCAUCCAUUUAGAUUUUUUGUGUUUUUAGUUUUUGGAAUUUUGAUUGUUAGAUCUUCCUAAAAUGGGAUAUGUUACUAGGUAGCCUCACUUUUGAGGGUUGGUUUUUUUUUCUGUAGGCAGUGAGUUUUGUUUUUCUUGAAUGAUGAUUGUGUAAAUGGGCCAUCGUUCAAUGUUUGCAUUUUGAGAUAGAUGCCCAUGUGUAAAAAGAAUUGCAGAUAUCACUUUGCCAAUACCUUAUUAGCAAUGUGAGUCUUUAGGUUUGUUAACCAAUUCUACUGCUUGAUUAUGACAGCUGAAUUGUAAAAAACACUACAGUUUUUUUUUCCUGUUUUUUUGGUUCUUACUUGUGGUUUGGGCGUCUGCCAUAUAAAUUUCUGGCAUGAUACCGAGAUUUGGUAGUUC